AUGGCACAGUCGGCCGACGACAAGUUUGCCAUACACGAAGCAGCCCGAGAAGGCAAGACCCAAGUGGUCGAGUCUCUCCUCAAUGCAAAUCCCAAACUGGCCUCCCUCCGCGACCAAGACGACCGACUUCCUCUACACUGGGCCAUAGCAUAUGCCCACCUUGACAUUGUCAAACUCCUCAUCACAGCCACUCGCUCCUUCGACCCGGACGCUGAAGAUGGUUCAGGCUGGACACCUCUCGCCAUCGCCGCCUCCCUGAAAGACAAUUCCGGCUUGCCCAUGAUCGAGCUCCUCUUCUCCAAAGACGCCGACCCCAAGAUUGCCACGAACACGGGCGUCACGCCUUUGCACCUGGCAGUGUCAAAGAAUAACCUGGACGUCUGCAAAACCCUUUUGAAACACGGUGUGAGUGCGAGGGUCAAGGACAAGAGAGGCCAAUUACCCCUCCACCGCGCCGCCGCUGUGGGCUCCGUACCUCUGGUGAAACUACUGCUCGAAAACAAGUCGCCCAUCAACGCCACGGACAUGGACGGACACACGGCUCUACAUCAUGCAAUAAGUGAAGGCCACGGGGAUGUAGCUGUAGAGCUGCUCAAAGCCGGAGCGGAGACGGAUAAAAAGGAUCACGAGGGAAGAUUGGCCAUCGACUGUGCGCCGGAUAGCAAGGUCAGGUCGCAUAUCUUGAAAGCGGCAGAGAGGGAAGGGAUCGAAUUCGCCUGA